AUUAAUAUGACAUAUUUCUGUAUGCCGUUAGGUCGGAUUAAAUCGUUGGACCAGUGAAGGUCGUUUGCUAUCCGAUAGCAGCGCUGAGAGCUUUUUAGAACGAAAUUCAAAGACAAGGAAAAGUAAAAACCGAUAGCCUAACACAGUCUGUGUGGAAGCUUCCUUCGAUUCAUCUCUAGACCACCUUAAUUUAGUUCAGUUUAGAACGUCGGAAAAGUCGUAGACCAACAAAUAUUUAUUGCAGAUACAACUAAAUAUUUGAAUACAUAUCAAUCCGAUGAAAAACGGAGUCAGUUUUCUUUUGAUAUAAUCUUUUCGGGAUUCUAAAAAAGACAUUACUAAGAUGCAUUGUUACCGGAUUUUGAUGAAGUUUAUACAAAUAGAUGUACUGGUGAUCUUGAUAAGCCUAAAACAAGGAAAUGGAAACUACAUAGGCACGCGUGGUCGCGAAUAUCCUUCGCAAAGAAAUGCGAAUAAUAAUAACGGCGUUAAAAGUGAAGACUCGUCAACCGUAGUGAAUUCUGGCGGAGUGAGGGCGGUCGGUGAAGUGUUUGUACCAAAAACAUUUUCUCUUAGCGCACAAGAGCCAACAUGCGAACAGCUUCGUGCUAUGUGGAUAUUUUCAAAAAGGCAAUCUCGAGCUGCUGAAAUAACAAAUGAAAUACCAACAUAUCGUGACCCCUUUACAUAUAAUGUUUGGGAUCCCCUUUAUUCUAACUCACGAGUUCUGGGAUCAAUUAGGAUGAGCGCAAGAGAACGAGCCCGUUCCCCUGUGUUUGGUCGUGUUGUGAGCCGAGAACCAAUUACGCCGCAACGAAUGACCUUUGAGCAGCGUCAGCGAUUUGUAGAUCUCGGAUCAGGUGGCAUUGGCGGCCCAAUCCAAGCUCGUUUCUAUGGGUCUGAAGGGCGUCAGCAAAAUGCAGGCACACGUAGGUCAAGUAAAAAUCGAUACAUGGGAGUUCCCAAUGGAACGGGAGCUAGUUUGACCGGAAACCAAAACUCGGUUGCUGUACAGGGCAGCUUUCAGAAACUUAAAGAGCUCAUAUGGACGGAACGCGCUAAGGAGUUAACGCAGCAACGCCGAGAUGAGGAGUUAGCGGCACGAGCAGCCGCGCUUAAAGAAAUUGCUAACGGUCAAAACAUUCAAUCGUCAUACAGGCCCCAACCCAUCAGUCCGUCUGAUUCUAUUCUAAUGGAUGAAAAUCGAAGUCCAGAAGGUGGCAGCUAUCAAUAUAGCGACAAUAAUCGCAUGUCAAUUCUAAGCGGGCAAAACCUUGAAAAUAACAAAAAUAAUAAAAACGAACAUAGGAAUCGCGUUCGAGCCACCACACGUCGUAUUGGUAAUUCGAACUUUGCUCUUUACAAUGGUAACGCUAGACAAGCCCAUAAAGAAGCUGAAAGUAUGUUCUCUGGAAAUUACGCUACAGCUCAAUCAGGCCGCGGAUCCCGCAUCCAAAUCCCUGCUACUGAGGUAUAUUCAAGUGAUUUACCAGAUAGAGAUCAUUCUGUUAUUGGAAUUACAAGGCCUACCCUAAUCGACCAUCCCACUUCAGAGAAAGAAAUCGGUCCUUGCUGA